AUGAGGAUAUUACCUAAUGGGACAAGAAUCGCUCGCGAGAUUAUUCAACUCAAUGUUAGGAGCCUAACCACUGUUGGUAAACGCCUGAAGAGAUUAGAAAAAUGGGACAGAGGAGGAAGAACCGAUAGAGUUCCAGGUAAACAGCGUGCAACUGAUGGGCUUUCUGCGUUGUACGCGUCAAUGAAGCGUUUGAUUGACGGAAAUCCAGGACGCGUUUGCCUAAUUCAUGUUGGAAAGUUUUAUGAAUUGUAUUUUGAUCAAGCCGAAAGAUUAGGUCCCAAGUUGGGGUUGAAUAUAGGAUAUAAGAGAACGGGUAACCAUGUUAUACCGAUGGCUGGAUUUCCCUUGCCUCAACUUAGGAAGUAUGUGGAAAUGUUGGUUCGGGAACACGGUGAAACUGUUGCUAUAGUAGACCAAUAUAAUAACAUGGCUAAAACGUCCCAAAAUUUGAUCCCUAGAAAAGUAUCCAGGAUUGUGAGUCCUGGAACAUUGGUGGAUGAAUCCUUCCUAAACUACAACAGUAAUAAUUAUUUGGUUGCUAUAUCAUUCCCCUCAAACAUGACCAAAAGUCCUGCAAAUUCUGAUUUGGCCGUUGGCUUGGCAUGGGUGGAUGUUUCGGUGGGCGAAACUUUUGUACAACAAACAACCCUUGGCAAUCUCACAUCAGAUUUGUCAAGAAUCAACCCCAGUGAAAUUCUAAUUCCAAAGGAGUAUUCGGAACCUGAAAUCUUUUUGGCGAAAUGGUAUCCGCCUCUACAAAAUCUUAGAAGGUAUUGCAAACGGUUUCAUAGCACACAAUACUCUGAUUUGAAACUUCAAUUUAAAGCGAGUUUGCAGGCAGUGAGAAAAGCCUUUGAAGACCUAAGCACUCCAGAGCAGGCCGCUUUGAAUUUAGCUUUAUCUUACAUUAGUGUCAACUUACCUGAAGCUGACUCUCUCUUGGACUUACCUACAAGGUACUACAGUGAGUCAACUCUUCAAAUGGAUCCAAGAACAAGGGCAGCAUUGGAACUCACAGAUAGAUUCACACCAGGUAGACAGUCCGUUGUUGGGACCUUGCUUUCGUCAAUAAGGAGAACUUGUACAACUUCAGGUGCUAGGUUGUUGACGCAAUGGUUGAAAUCACCUUUAUUGGACAUAUCGGAGAUAAAAACAAGACAAAAUUAUGUCAAAAUUUUCUUAAAAGAUCAGCAUUUGAGGAUUGGAGUCCAAGAACGUUUACGGAAGCUAUCUGACUUUGUAAGAGUUGCUCAAAAGCUAUCAGCUGGAAGGGGUGAUGAUGUGUCGAAUUUAAAACUUAUUGCCGCUGCUUUGAACGAUCUACAACAAUUGAAAGAAUUCUUGAAUAAAAUGUGUCGAAGUGAUGACGCAUUAUACAAGCUGAUAGUAGAUUUCCUCGACAACUUCCAAAUUCCGGUCGAUGUAGCCAAUUCCAUCACAAAUGCCAUAAUUGAAGAUGAAAAUAUUACAAACGAAGGAGAGGAUUUUGCAUCAGAAGAUGAAACCACCAUUUCGAGUGAUGAACCAUAUACAAAUGAAUUUCUGGAAGAGUAUACAAUCGAGAAAAAUUCAGCGGUGGAGCGAAUGCUAGCCUUCAGCAUUAGAAAGGAUUACAAUUCGACUUUAACUGCAUUGCAUAACGAGCUCGAACAAUUGGAACGAAAAGAAGGGGAAUACGUGAGCACUCUACAAAGUACUCUUGUCCAAUACAACUCCAAAGUUGUCGUGGAGAAAAAAGAGAAAGUUGGUAAAUUUGUCAAUGUCUUACACAUUAGUGCAAAAAAGUCCUCUAUCAAAAAGAUCGCCGAUGAUUUACGUUCUGAUGUUAUACUGGAGAGCAAUUCAUCAUUUCUUUACCGUCCAGCUGAUUGGAAUUCCAUACAACUCGAAAUCGGGGAUACGCGGGCGUCUAUCAAGUUAAUAGAAGGGGAAGUGAUUCAGAGUUUGAGAAUGGAUACCCUUGAUGAAUUACCCGCGAUACGAUCUCUUUCAAAAGCAGUAGAUUUCUUAGACGUUACGGCAUCCUUCGCUGUUAUAGCUGACGAAAAUAAUUGGGUGUGUCCAAAAGUGGUGAAAUUACCGAAACUUGAAAUCUCUAAGGGUCGACAUGCGGUCGUUGAAUCGAGCUUGAAGGAGUCAGGGGGUAUGUUCAUUCCUAAUGACUCAAAACUUGGACAGGAUGCAAAAUUAUGGGUGAUAUCGGGUCCCAAUAUGGGUGGUAAAAGCACCUAUUUGAGGCAAAAUGCGUUGAUGAUCAUUUUGGCUCAGAUAGGCUCAUACGUUCCUGCAGAGAGUGCCACAAUUGGAAUCGUGGAUAAGAUAUUUACUCGAAUAGGUGCAUCUGACGACUUGUUCAACGAUUUAAGUACUUUCAUGGUUGAAAUGAUUGAAACAAGUAAUAUUUUGCUCAAUGCUACUUCAAAAUCUUUCGCUAUAGUUGAUGAAGUAGGAAGAGGAACAAGCGGUACGGAAGGAUUAGCAAUUGCAUAUGCCGUUUUGGUGCAUUUAUUGACUGUUAACAAGUGUCGUACCCUAUUUGCCACACAUUUUGGAAAUGAAUUACGUGAAAUUCUUGAAAAAAGAGAGGUGGAUCAAAACCGUAUCAAAUUUUACAGAACAAAGAUUGUCAAGUCGAAGGAAAAUCGGUUAAUUCUAAUCGACCAUGCGUUGGAGCCAGGCAUUAGUGAACGCUCCUAUGCAUUGGAAGUAGCCCGGAAAGCUGGAUUUCCCUUGUCGACGUUAGAAGAGGGUGAAGAGGUAUUAGCUUUACUUUAA